AAUUCAUGAAUCAAGUAUAGUGAUCGACGGAUCUAGGGGAUAGACAGUAGACACAGAAUUUAAGAUUUGAAAAGGUCAAUGCGUAUGAAAGUAAUCCAAAGAGGAAUGGAGAUUUUGCAAUAUUGAUAAAUAUCGCGUUAGUCUGUCAUUUUGACAGUUUCAAAAAGAAUUUAAAGAUUUGUAAAGAUUCAAAUAGAUUUAUCUUAUCCAAAGAGCUAUCACCUCCUAGCGGCGGUCGGAUGUAAACCGCAACGCGCAAGCCAAACUCUCUCGAUCAUUCUACUUACUUUUGUAAGUCAACAAAUGCCUCUGAACGAAACAAUGAAUCCAAAUCUUCCCAAUCAAAUGGAACCAAUGGACGUGGAUGUUCCAUUCAUCAAAAGUGAUAAUCAGCCAAAUAUCGACGAACUGUGUGAAAAGUUUGAUAAAUUGAAUAUUAAAAAUAGAUUUCCUUGGAUUGUUCUAACAUUAAUGGAAACAGCAAUUGCUCUUCUAAUUUUUUUUCUUCUUCUCUUCAUUGUUGUGAUGAUGUCCUUGUACGAGUACGUGUACAAAAAAGGUCAAGAAAUUAUUUCGAUUAAAUUGAAACUAAUAGAGAUAUUGCACGGAAAUAUAUCCAUACCAUUACCAAAAGUCACUACUGAAAUGGCUUUACACGAAAUAAAACAAUUAUCUUAUUUAUCGUGUGAAAUCACCAUGAAUUUUUUCACAAAUAUGGUCAAUAACAUUCAAAAUAAAUUUAAAAUGGUAAAUCCAAUUUAUUUCAAGAAAAAGUGUGCAUAUUCAAAUUUUUCGGUUGAUCAGAAUGAUAUCCAAAUUUUAUUCAUUUACCCGGACAAAACUCAAAAGAAUAUUGGCCAUUAUAUUGCUAUAUAUUACAAUGCAGAUACGAAAAUUGUCGAUAUAUACGACAGUUGUGUUGAAAUGUACACUGAUGAUCAGAAACGUGAUAUAAAACGCGAGCUCAAAGAGGAAAUUCUCGAUCGAAUGUAUCCAAACAAUAAAUAUGCUGUAUGGAAACGUCCAAAGAGCUUACAAAAAGAUGAUUACUCUUGUGGUGUAUUUGCGAUUGCAUAUGCGUUGCUAUUGUUUCAAGGAAAAAAGCCUGAAAAUGACGAGAUUCCAUUUUUGGCUUUUGAUACGUUUUAUCUACGACAAUUUUUAGGUAAAAUGUUUGAAGAAAAUAAAUUAUUGCCUUUGAAAUACUUAAUCUAAGAAGAAAAAAAACCCAUUGAAAAUUAUUUUUUAGUGAUUAAAUAAAAAAAAACAGUUGUGUUAACAUGAGUGUUAGCUGUACUGUCGCAGAUUCUAUUCCGAAGUCGUUAGGGCUGAUAGAGAGGCAUUACAGUUCGAUAACAACUCAUUUUUCUUUUGUUACAUACACAGUUUUACAUAGUUUUACACAGUUUAUACUAUUACUUCAAAUAUCAAAACGAAAAAAAAAACUUCCGCAAAAAAUGAUACUUUGUUCCAACACAUAUGCAAUGCUGAAUAAUGAGCACGUACGCGAUUAAUGUAUGUUUGAUGAAAUGUGUGAAGUGUUAAAUUAAAAAAUAAAAUUAAAUGCAAAGGUUUCAUCUAAAAUAACGACAUAGAUUGAGCAGAAGCAGCAGUGGCCCAAAUAGCAACAACUAGAGGGAACGUGGAGGGAGGGAAAACCAUGCGAACACUUCCAUUGGAAUGAGUCAACUGCGUAUGCAGUCAGGCCUAUGUUUGCAGAAAUACAGAUAAGUCAUAUACCAAUUUGUUAUUCUAGUGUACGUAAUAUUUAUUAGGUUCGUUAAAUUUCUUUGUCCGAAAAAAAUUGACUGUCAUCGUUACUAAAUAUGAUAAAAAUGAAACUUAAUAACUAUAACAAAUUAACUUAAUUAUAACCUAAUUGACUUUUUCUCUUUCUAGUUUUUUUUUCAAAGGAUUUUUCAACUUGCGUUGGCAAGGGUAAUAGUUUAAUAUAAAGCUACCAACUAUUUUCUACCAGUAUACUGGAAAAUCCAUUACCAAAGCCAGUUUUUUCGCAAUAUCUCGGAAACGGUUGGAUUUAGGCCCCAAAUCUCGGCCUCCGGCUACCAUCCCCAUGAAAUUUUCCGCCCGAUUGAAUGGGACUUCUCACAAUUUUCCCCGAUUUUCCAUUUUCCUUUUAUAGCGAUAUGUUCAUUUUCGGAAAAUUUUCCAGGAUUUGCAAUUUUCCGGGAAAUUUUCUUGAAUUCGUUUUCAGCUUACGAUCGUACAUUCAUAAAAUGAAAAUGGUUGGAAAAUCUUGGAAAACUCGGGAAAUAUGGAAGAUUUUGUAAAAAUAAAAUGUACUGAAAAUGACCCUAAAUUUAUAUAUGAGGCCAUAUUUUGGCUCCAGUGGCUUUUCCGGGAAAUCUGAUCAGAUAGAAAACUUCCUUGGGACUUUCUCUUUCCAUAUGUGUAAACAAGAAUUUGCUUCCGACACACGACUCAAAUGGUGUCAGACUUAAAACCGAUGAGGUAUUAGUCUCAUUCGACGUGGUUUCAAUGUUUACUAGUAUUCCUUUUGAACUCGUCUUUGAUAUCAUUAUGAGUAAAGCUGAAGAGUUCCAAUUAAGUUUUGAUAUUGAUAGGGAUUUUCUUGCGAGAAUAAUCUCGUUUUUGCUUAAGGAUUGCAUGGUUUUCACUGCGCUCGACAAAAUAUACAAACAGAACGACGGCAUUCCAAUGGGUAGUUGCCUUUCUCCCACGGUAGCCAGAUUAGUUAUGGACAAAGUGAUCAUCCAUCUCUUUGACCUUGUGCCACAAAUUUCUUUCAUUAAAGUAUUUGUGGAUGACACAAUUGCUGCGGUCCACAAGGAUUGCGUUGAUCUUGCGCUUGAAGCCUUAAAUGAAUUCAGACCUAACCAGAUAAGAUUUACUCUGGAAAGGGAGAAUACAGAAGCAUCCAUAAAUUUUCUUAACGUAACGUUAACUAGAGAAGCCACAAGUAUAUCUACUAAUUGGUUCCGUAAAAGCUUUGCUUCUGGCCGGUUGCUUAAUUAUUAUUCGUCGCAUAAACGAACCACUGUUAUUGCAACUGCUGUCCACUUUAUUCGUACAAUCUUGAUCCUUAGUGAUCCACGUCAUUUUCAUAGCAAUAAGACGAUAGCUUCUAAAACUCUCCGUGAUAAUUCUUUCCCCGAAACCGUUAUUGAAUCACUGCUGAAUAAUUAUUAUACAAUCAAGAAACCCCUCACUAAAAAGAAAGACGCAGGCGAAGCUCCGAUUUAGAAAAACAAUGUGUCUAAUGAAAAUAUGUCCACUCAAUUACGAAAAUUAAUCGAAGAAGCCGAAGAAUGGAAAUCGGGCUAUAAGAUUUUUCCUAGGGGAUUCAUGCCAAAUUUUAUUUAGCAAAAUCUAUUUGUAUUAUUUAAAUCAUGUAAAAUUCACGCUAGAUUUCAAAUAUUUUGUAUUAUUUCCCGAAUGCGUUGUUAUUGUUCAUAUUCACCUUGAACAAUAUGUUCUGGAAGUGGGUUUUGGUGGAUCUUCAGGAUGGAUCAGACUGGGUUUGACAAUGCCCUGGCCCAUCCUGAGGAUCCACUUCCAGAACCAGGAGCGGUUUUGAACAAUCCACAGGAUCCACCAAAACCCAUUUCCAGAAUUUUUGAAGCGAUAAUGACGACAACAGAUUGGACAUGGUUCUGCUGACAGUCGGUUUAUUGAACAAAAUUGAGCAAAAUUGAAAUUAUGCAUACAUAUCUGUUUAAUAUGUUGAAACAUAAACAAAUUCAUAUUAUUUGUUCAUAUUUUAAAUAUGGAAAUUGGCGUGAGUCCCCUAGGAUUUUUCCACAUUCAAUCUGUGAGGGUAGAAGAAUUAAGAAAAUAAUUCACACUCUUAAGGCACCUGGUGUUAUUUUGGCCGACUCAGUUAGAAACACCAAAAUAAACGCCAUCUCAACUCGGAAAACUAUUGUUCCGAUUGGAAGAAGGAAGAAUCUUAUUCUAGUUUCUAGAUGCAAAUGCAAAAAGAAAUAUAAGAUCGUUCGAACUAAAUUUAAUGAAACUGGCGAAAUGGCUCUAUCUCACACACUGACUCGUGGUAAUGAACUGUGAUGCUCAUGGUCACGCUUAUCACAAAGCUAGGUUUCUUCACGGGCUUUUUUAUGGCAGUCAAACGAAAUAUCUCGUGAAAUAUAUUGCAUGGAGAUAUCGGCAUGCUCUAGAUUUCGAUUGCCAGAUUGAACAUCCUAACGAUUGACUGAGAAAACUGAUUAGGUGUUCAUGUUGCCCACGUCAUCCUCAGCAAUAAGGUUAUCUUUUGAGCUAUAUCUCACAUAAAUCCAAACAUCCCAAUGAUUGAUUCCAUAGAUAGCAUUUAUAUUUUAUAUUGAUAGGCCCUGAAUCAAUCAUUAUUCCUGACUCUGUAAUUCUAAUGUGCCCAGAAAAUCCUCAUCACUAAGUUGUCAAAAUGAUUUUUUGAAUCGUUUUGGGGUGGUGGAGGGCCCAUCA